CCGUUCGUUCGUUCAUGAAUCGCUGCUAUUAGGAUUCAUCUUGUGGUGCUGCGUGGAGGCGAACGGCAACGAGGGCGAUGCACGAGCUUGCAUCUAUCCGUUUCUAAUUUUUGGCUACUCACAUUAGUACGAAGUGAUUGUUAAAGCAACAAAAUGUCACAGUCAAGUGGUUACCAGUGUCCAUUGUACACAGAUUCCAACAAUCCUUUGAAAAAUGAGCCACCUCCUAUAGUAAAUGGUCAAAAUCCUGCAUCUCAGCAAAAUGGAAUGCAGUCUCCUCAGUUCAAUCUAACUGGUACACCAUCCUCACAGUCAUCACGUGAUCCAUCCAGGGAGACUUCUAGAGAUCCAUCACCAACUCAAUAUCUUCACAACCAAUAUCGGCUUCAGUUGCCACGACCACCAAUGCCACCAAUAAACGGACCUCAGAAUGCUAAUGUGUUGCCUCCACCACCUAGAACAUCACAACCUUAUAGUCCUGCAAAUCUCUAUAAUGCUCAUAGCCAGUAUGUUGCUAGCACUCAAGAGAAUAUUGCAGUCGGUACAUCUUCAAUCGCCUUUAUGUCUCAACCUAGCCAAGAAAUUCAACAUCGACCCAUCAUGAUUCCUCCAAAUCAGAUGCCUCCAGUAGCAAAAAAUUUGACUCCAGUGUCUGUAUCAUCGACGUUUGCGGAUACUAUUAAAUCAGAGCCAGCUAAAAUGAACCAAAGUUAUCAAUGGGCGACUAAUCCCCCAUCUACUAACAUUCCGCAGGGUACUGUAGGCGUUCCUGGUGUAUCCAGUAGCAUUGAUAAGACUAGUCAUGUCUCAACGGAUCAAAUCACUACGGAAAGUCAAACAUCCUUUGCUAGAGUAAAUAAGAUUUCGGCAUACAAUCAAGGACAUUCUGUCCCUUCACCCGCAUCCAACGUUAAUCUACCUCCUUCGAACGUCACUCAUUUAAAUCAAAACAGUUAUGUACAGCAAGAACCAGUGAGUUCUGGUAUACAACCAAGAACUCAAAACGUUCAAGCACAAUCGAUGAUUAGUCCUGAAAGCUUAAGUAAUCCACAACUCAGAUAUGGAAGUCAACAGAAUAUAUCCAAUGCAUCGUCAAUGCCAAAUUUAAGCACGCAAAAUUUAUUCUAUAGUGCACAAGGUCAUAAUGUAGGUCCACGAAAUCUUCAUGAUUAUAGUUCUCAGCCUGUGAAAUCUCAAAAUUUACUUACUGGUUAUAUGGAUCCCACGGGAUUGGGAAGUAAUUCUCAAAGUCAGAAUAUACAUCAAAAUUUAGCUGGUCAGAGAAAAUAUCCGCAACAAGACACUGCCAAUACUAUGAUGCUACCGCCUUCAGGAGGUAAUCAAUUACAAGGUGCAAGAUUACCUCCAUCAGGAAUACCUCCUCUUCCGGGACUUCAGACGUACGACUCUCGGUCGCAAUAUCCUAGCCCAAUGACAAAUGUACCAUUAGACUCGUCUAAUAGAAGGUACCCUAAUAUGUACCCAGACCAAUUAAAUCAAUUAAAUAAUCAGAUGAGCAAUUUGAACGUCACACAAGUUGGCUACAACAAAAUAUGGGGGAUGGAAUCGAUAGACCUCUUGCAAUGCCGAAAUAUACUGCCACCUGAAAAAGUCGAAUCACCAAAGAUCAAGUUAAAUCAGGAAUUCUUGGAUUCCGUAAAUUGUAGUCCUGACAUAUUCAGGUGUACAUUAACAAAAGUCCCAGAAUCGAAUUCGCUUCUACAGAAAUCAAGAUUACCAUUCGGCGUACUAAUACAUCCUUUUAAAGAUCUAAACCAGCAUUUAGCAGUGAUUCAAUGCAAUACGAUCGUGCGUUGUCGAGCUUGUCGAACAUAUAUCAACCCAUUUGUGUAUUUCGUCGAUUCAAAAAGAUGGAAAUGCAAUCUCUGUUUCAGAUUAAAUGAACUUCCCGAAGAAUUUCAAUUCGAUCCUGUGACGAAAUCGUAUGGCGAUCCAUCACGACGGCCGGAAGUUAAAACCGGCACGAUAGAGUUUAUUGCGCCAAGCGAGUACAUGGUCCGUCCACCUCAGCCCGCUAUCUAUCUCUUUGUCAUGGACGUUUCUCGUCUUGCGGUAGAAAGCGGGUAUUUGCAGAUAGUUUGCAAUACGAUCACCGAUGAAUUGUUGCGUCUCCCCGGCGACAGCCGCACUCAAAUCGGUUUUCUUGCUGUUGAUUCUACUCUGCAUUUCUUCAGCAUGCCCGAUAACGUCUCGCAACCACAUGAAAUGGUCAUGCUAGAUAUCGACGAUGUGUUUUUACCGUGCCCAGAAAAUCUAAUUGUAAAUUUGAAAGAACGUGAGGAGCUUGUUCGUGAUCUUCUCGCCCAGCUUCCUAUCAAAUUCUGUGGCACUCAUGAUACUAACAGCGCUCUUGGUGCUGGUCUUCAAGCUGCCUACAAACUCCUCGCUGGUGUCGGAGGACGUAUUACCGUUUUUCAAACAUGUUUGCCUAAUAUUGGUCCAGGGGCCUUGCAACCGAGAGAAGAUCCCAGUACUAGAGUGAACAAAGACGUGCCACAUCUUAAUCCCGCAACAGAUUUCUACAAAAGAUACGCUCUGGAUUGCAGUGGACAUCACAUUGCAAUUGAUCUAUUCUUAUUGAAUAGUCAAUACAGCGAUCUGGCAACUUUAUCAUGCAUGUCAAAAUUUACUGGCGGUUGCAUUUACCAUCUGCCACUGUUCCGAGCAUCGAAAUUACAGAAUAGUGAAACUUUAGAAAGAUUACUUCGUCGUUAUUUGACGAGAAAGAUUGGCUUUGAAGCGGUGAUGCGGCUUCGUUGUACUCGUGGUCUCAGUAUUCAUGCCUUCCAUGGCAGCUUCUUCGUUCGAUCGACUGAUCUUCUCUGCUUGCCAAAUAUUAAUCCGGACGCCGGUUUCGGCAUGCAAAUCUCCAUCGAUGAAAAUCUUUCCGAUGUGCAGAGUGUAUGCUUCCAAGCGUCUCUUCUGUAUACUUCAAGCAAAGGUGAGCGAAGAAUUAGAGUACACACUCUAUGCCUGCCUGUGGUGGCAAGUCUAUCGGAUAUAUUGCAUUCUGCAGAUCAACAAUGCAUAGUCGGUUUAUUAUCAAAAAUGGCUGUUGAUCGAUCGCUUCAGUCAUCCUUAUCAGAUGCAAGAGAAGCAUUAAUAAACGUCGCUAUUGACAUCUUAUCCGCAUACAAACUGGCACAAUCUUCCAGCGGCGGAGGACUUAUUGCUCCAGGAAGUUUAAAGCUGUUACCAUUAUACAUUAUCGCAUUGUUGAAAAGCAUAGCAUUUAGAUCCGGCACGAGCACGCGUUUGGAUGAUCGCGUAUUCGCUAUGUUUCAAUUAAAGACAUUACCGUUAGCACAACUGAUACAGGUGGUUUAUCCCGAUUUAUAUCCUGUUCUCAUGCUUGAUGAUCGCAAUGCAAGGGACAUUGACGGCAAAGUGUGUCCACAGCCGCCUCGACUUAAUUUAUCUGCUGAGAAACUCGACAGCCGGGGCAUCUUUCUUAUGGAUGCUGGCGAUAGAAUCUUUAUUUACAUUGGCAAGAAUAUAAAUCCGAUUUUCUGUACAAAUAUAUUCGGCUCUUUGGAAUUUACAUCUAUUCCAGAGGAAAUGUACGAAUUACCGGAAUUGGAUACAGUAGAAAACGAACGGUUGCGAAACUUUGUAUUUAGUUUACAAGAGGAAAAACCAUACUAUGUACCUGUACAAAUUAUCAGGGACGAUAGCCACUUUAGAACGUUAUUCAUUGAACGAUUGAUAGAAGAUCGAUUCGAAUCUGCUCUUAGUUACUACGAGUUCUUACAACAUCUCAAGACGCAGGUGAAGGAGUGACCAACUUAAAGAAUUUGUGCAUGAGACCAACUCCUGCCGGAAGUGUUAAUCAUCGGGUGAUGGAAUUAUCAUAAAACAAUCGCGCAAUUAAAAAAUUGUGCGAUCCGUUAUAAUUCAUUAAUCGAUCAUGGGUCAUUCGGGAUAUUUUGGGACAUGUCGCGUGAUUCAAGAUCUAUUUAUGCAGCAGUGACAGCCUUAAUGAAAGACAC